AUGUGGAGGUUUUUUUUCAUAUUUCUCUUUCUUUCGGGUUCUUUCUCCCAGGAUUUUGAGUGGACCGCUUUAGGAGACUCAUAUGCGUCUGGGGUUGGUUCCGGAAACUAUGUGGAUGGAAGACGAUGUCUACGAUAUGAUCAAGCCUACCCAGUAUUCUUGAACGAAGACCCAAAUCUCUCACCAUUGAAUCACAUCUUCAACAACGUCGUAUGCUCCGGAUCAACUACUGAAGAAGUCGAGCUUUAUCAGUUCUACGAUGACGACACCUCAAAUCAACCAAAUUGGCAAUUUGCCCCUCGUCCUAAGUUCGGAAAUCCACAAAUGGCUACUCUGUCUAUCGGGGGUAAUGAUAUCGAUUUCAAAGGCAUUCUCUUCAAUUGUAUCAUCGAAUCCACCCAGUUUGGUUACAAACCUACGAAACCGUGCGACCAGCAGAGACAGGAAACUCACGCUCUGAUUGACAGCCCAGACCUGGUCAACAACAUUGAUCAUCUUAUCAAGAAAACCGUCACAAAGGGCAGAUCGGGCACUAUUGGUGACGCCUUCAGGUUAUACGUUACUGGCUUUCCAGAGUUUUUCAACGAGAACGAUCCAGGAUGUGACACAGUCACAUUCGCCCGGACUGCAAAUCCAGUACCAGAUGGCAACGAGCACAUUAUGAUGACUACGGACCUUCGAAAGGAUUAUAAUUCAAUGAGCCGCGCGCUCAACACAGCGAUUCAAAGUGCCGUAUCUUUGAAUGCUGAUUCAAAUGUCAAAUUCAUUGAUAUCCAGGCUAAUGGGCUUUUGGAUGGUCAUCGGUUCUGCGAACCCAACAUCAAGGAGCCAGAUCAAAAUAAUGAGAAUCUUUGGCUAUUUCACUAUCCCUAUAAGCAAAACGAGGACCAAAACCCUUCUCCCGAGCUGCAAAUCAUGAUAAACGCCACCGAUCAAAUAACCAAUGGGUUAGAUAUAUCAGCACUGGGGGUCAAAUUUCCAAAUAUUUCGGUUUUUGAAGACGCACUUUGGGAUGCUGUUAAUGUCACUGAAGUGGCUGCAGUAAGUAGCGAUCCUGUAGAUGACAAGUGGUAUGACCUCUGGAGAGACACUGUUGGUUGGCGUGCAAAGCUUUUCCAUCCUCAAGUCGCCUACCAUUCUGCAAUCAGGGAGUUGGUCCUCAAUCAGUUCCUAGAAGAUACUCGACCGGCUACCAAAGGAAACGGGACAUGUGUACCCGUUGGUAGUACCUUUGACCCUCAGAUGCUGCGAAUAUUAUCUCUCGGUGGUUCGAUCACUUGGGGUCAGCAGUCUCCUUCCGGUAAUGGUUACAGAAAAUACCUUCGUGAUAAACUUAUUUCCAAUGGAGCCAAUGUAAACAUGGUUGGCACUAUAAAGCACGGAACUAUGGGAGACAAUGACAAUGAAGGCUGGCCAGGCUUCCGCGUUGACCAGAUCAGCGAUAGAGCCAAUAAUGAUCUUCCGUUGCUUCCCAAUCUUGUUCUCAUCAACGCUGGCACCAACGAUGUAGCGCAAGACUACGAUAUAGACACUAUUGACCAGCGUUUAGAAGACCUGGUUAACAAGCUUCUAGACGCAAUACCUGGCACUGUGGUUAUAGUCUCAACUCUUUUGGUCAAUCGCAACGCAACUAAGGAGUCUAUCACCCAGGGAGUGAACUCAAAGUACGUCAAUAUGGUUGAAAAGAUGGCUGAUGCGGGCAAGUUUGUCUACCUUGCCGAUAUGUCCAGCAUCACAACCGAGAUGAUAAACGCCCGGGACGGAACUCAUCCAACUGACUACGGAUAUGAAGUUAUGGCUGGAUUAUGGUACAGCGCCAUUCAAGAGGUCUACGCCAAUUGCUGGUUGACUGCUCCGGCAGCCGUGGCGGGCUUGAAUGAUUCUGAUACACAAGGAGGGAUCACAACGUGUGAAGCAAAUUCUGCAAAUUUCCCUGCUCCAACUCAGAUCCAAAAGGGGUCUGGAUACAACGAUAGCAAUUAUCAUCAUGUGGGACAUCCUUAUGGUGUUGAUGAUUUUAUUUAUAACUCUGGAGAGGGAGUUCUUGGUAUCGUAAUAAAUGAUGGAACAGGUAAAGCAGGAUUAUGGACAUAUAAUGAAUAUGCCUUGAAUAUCAGCAUGGGUCUUUGUCCUGACAUGCGAUUUGGUGAUCUCAAUGGAGACGGACUUGCUGACUGUUUUUGCGUGGGAUCUGAUGGGACACUUUCUGCAUAUCUGAAUGAUGGUGGUGGAAGUUUCCCUACGGAACCAAUAUGGACUGCAUUAGGCGUUAUAAUGUCUGCACAAGGCUAUAGCAACGAUAUGGUCAGGUUAGCGGAUAUAGACGGGGAUGGUAGGGUUGAUUACUUGGGUAUUGACGCAGAUGGAAAUGUUCGAGGAUGGAGAAAUGUCGGCACAGAAAAGACUGGAUCGCCAAGCUGGGUGGACAUGGGCAUUAUUAAUAGUGGAGGCACCAUGGGAGACGUAAAUGGCAUUCGCUUUGUCGAUAUCAAUGGAGAUGGGAGAGCUGAUUGGGCUUGGGUCAGCAACACUGGUCAGAUCUACACUUCUAUCAACCAGCGCGGAUCGGAUCUUAGUUAUCACCCUGUCUGGCUACCUACCCUACUCACACAUCAAGGAACUGGACAGGGUGGGCCAAACGUGACAGAUAGAUCCCAUGUCCUGCUUGGUAAUGUCAUAAAUAAAACGUUCACGGCGGACACAAAUUUUCCAAAAUACGAUGCUCAGGGAGUAGAUUACACAACUAUUUUUGAGUCUGAGGACAAACUAUCCUUACACGCACAUGUUUUAGGUAAUUCAGGCAUUGGCGGAGCCAGGACGAAAGGAGACGGCGUACACUAUUGCGACAUGCGGGGAUCGGGAACAGACGAUCUGGUGUGGAUUGGUAAGACUGGGAACCUGACACUUCAUGCAAACAAUCACAUGCUCCCAGCUUGGGGACAGUAUCAACAUAUUUUUAUCGCGACGGAAUCUUUGAUGUCCGGUCAUGUCCGAAAGGACAUUCACCUGGCAGAUCUUGAUGGUGAUGGAAAAUGCGAUUUCCUUCUAGUCGACAAGGAAUCUAACUCGAUUCAUAUGCUACGCAAUGACUACUCCCGGGAGACGGACACCUUUUCAUUCACAGAUGUGGGAACUGUUUCGGGAGGUGUCAAUUGCCAAGAACAUUAUGGGCCUGGAUUGUUUGAUCUAGCUUCUUCGAGCGCUGUCUACCGCUCAACUAUUGAUCUGGAGCUAAUUUCUAUGGUAGGCGAUGGCAAGGCCGAUUUCUUGUGCAUAGGCCAAGACGGUACAGUGAAUGGCUGGCUGAAUAAAGGACUCAACAACUUCCAAUCCGCAGGGAUCAUAAAGACCACCGAAGGAAAAGAACGUGCCAAUCUCCGGUUUGCAGACAUAAAUGGAGAUGGACGUGCGGAUCUCCUCGCGCUAGACCCAGUCUCUGGAGCUGCUGCAGCUUGGACCAACGGAGGAUCAGGCGGCAACAGCGGUGAAACAUUUAACUGGCAGAGUCAGGGUACUGUAUUUCCUGGAGGGUAUAUGAGAGGGGAAUGCAUCCAUUUUGCAAAUAUCAACGGUUAUGGACGCGCUGAUUAUGUCUAUAUCGAACCCAACCUCGCCCGCGGGGAUGUCAUUUAUAAUGUGUGUGCUUAA